UACAUGUAUAUAUAUUAAUGUUAUGCUAUUUUCGUUAUGUAACCAAACAAAAGAGCUUUUGAGUUUUGGUCGUACAAAAAAAAAGAAAGGGAAAAUGAAGAUAGGACCUGUAGGGAAGCAUGAUGCUAGAAGCACUACAAUUGUAAACUGGGACGAAGGAUCUCACGAUGGCUUCAUCUCUCAGAUUUUUCUAUCUCAUGGCGUCGCUGGAAUUAUGUCUAUCCAAUUCCAGUUCGUGAUGGACGGAAAACUCGUUUUAUCCGAUCGUCACGGUCCAUUUUCCGGCAACAUGUUUGACGUUAUAGAGCUCAACUAUCCGCAUGAGUACAUAACUGGAAUCAGUGGAGAGUAUUACAAGUAUGAAGCCAACAAUCCUCACAUGAGGUCUCUCAAAUUCAAUACCAACACUAGCGAGUACGGUCCUUUUGGCACCUCCGGUUCGAGCAACGACAAAUUUGCUUUUAAACUCGGGAAAUCUCCUCAGUUCGGCGGUUUCCAUGGGACUUAUGAUGCCUCGGGACUACAGUACAUUGGUGUUUAUCUCCGCCCAAAAACAGUUCUACCCAAAAUAGAUACGGGCAAUGCAGAGGAAACAGAGUCAAAAAUUGUACUGGGCUGAAAGUGUUUGUAUACGACUCUAUUCUGCUGAUUGUACAUUCUUAAUUAUGAAAAUUCUUCUAUG